UUGACUCACUGGCGUGGUAAUGAAACUUCUUCAAGAAAAUUAAGCAGCGUUUUGUAGCAAGGAGGCAAACAAUACUUUUAUCAUCAACUCUACUUAACAUGCUCCGUUGAUGUAAUGAAAAAUGGUCUUCGGCAUCGGCAUGGGAUAUAUAUUGUCAUCUAUUAGUUUUGCAGUUGAAUUUAUCUUCUGUAUUGAUUGGGAGCAUCAAUUUGCUGAGAUUUGUCACCCUAAAUCUGUGAGACAGGGAUUUAUAGAGGCUUUUUAUGUGAGUUUUGUCAAGCUCUUGUACUCUUAACACUUAAGUUUUCUAGUUCCCCAGAUGGACGAGAGGCUAUUUGAGGCUUCUCGUAAGGGUAACACAGAUACUUUACUCAAACUUAUUGAGGAAGAUCCACUUAUUCUUGAAGAUAACAGCACACAUACCUCAGUUGAGACUCCUUUGCAUAUAGCAUCCUUGCAUGGGCAUACCGAUUUUGUAAGGUAUAUUCUCAGCCAGAAGCCUGGAUUUGCUAAAGUUUUAAACAGCAAAGGCUAUAGUCCCCUUCACUUGGCUUGUGCAAAUGGGCAUGUGGAUAUAGUAAAAGAGUUACUGAAAAUUGAUGGAGAGACUGACCAUGAGCUUUGCAGACGGAAGGACAAGAAGGGGAGAACUCCUAUACAUUUGGCAGUGAUUAAAGGGAGAGACAGAGUUGUUGCUGCACUGAUCUUAGCUUGUCCAGAUUCCGUAAGAGAGGUCACUGAUAGAGGGGAGACGAUUCUGCAUCUAACUGUGAAGAGUGAAAAUGGAUGUAAAAGGCUUAGGGGUUUACUUGAGGGGUUCGAGGAUAAGGAGAUGCUUAAUUGGAAAGAUGAUGAAGGCAACACUGUUUUGCACUUGGCUGCUGCGAGGAAACAGCAUGAGGUAUUGAAAUUCUUGCUGGAGCAACCUGAACUUGAUGUGAACGCAGUGAAUUCCAAUAAGCUGAAGGCCUUGGAUAUUCUGGGGGAAGGUCCAAAUCAAUCAAAUGAUCAAGAAGUUGUACAGAUGCUCCAUCUGGCAAGCAUGCCAAAACCUGAUAGUCAAGCAUUAACAGAACUAUCUCAAGCUAAUGACGCCGUGAUAGAUGUAGACACAAAGACGAAUGACUUGACCUCUAAAAGGGAUACCAAAAAUUCUUUUAAGGGGCUCGUCGAAAUGAGAAGAGGAAUCAUGGUAAUGGCAGUGCUAAUAGCUACUGUGACUUUCGAAGUAGCAUUAAAUCCUCCUGGAGGACUUUGGCAGGAUUGGGGUGCUUCUGUUUCUAAUGACACUCACAGACCAGGAAAAUCAGUUGCAGGAGAAAUCUCACCCAACAGCCUAACUUGGUUUUUGGUGUGGGACUCCAUUGGAUUUUUGGCAUCCAUGAGCAUCAUAUUAGUGUUGACAUGCCCCUCAAAGCUCAAUUGGAAUUCGGUUAGCUGGGAGUACAUUCGUUUAAUGAUGUGGGUGGUGAUUGCUUCCGUUCACAUGGUCUUCCUCUACGGUGUUCAAAUGACCACUGCCUCCAACAUUUUCAAACGAGCAGUGAUAGCCCCAUUCGUGUUUUUCUACGGAGUUGUUGGUUUAUUAGCCAUGCGUUCAGGAUGGUAUUCAGUAACUGAGUUGGGCGAUCUGGUUAAGGAGUUAUGGACAAAGAAAAAGAGGUGAGAUAGCUGAUAUUUGAUUAAAUAAAAAGAAUGAAUUACAAAUCUUCAGACAUUUGCAAAGGAACUUGAACGUUUAUUGUAUUUUCUAAUCACAUCAACUGCUGCUAUUAUAAAAUGGAAACAGUUUUACCAAUUCUUACUCCAUAAAUUAGAUAAUCAAACCAUAACCAACAUAACUUGCUUAAUCUUAUGUAAAUGAUUUGGACAGGAACAACGACAUGUGAUUUAACCUGCUUGAACAAUUUUUUUUGUUUAAUACAAAGGAGGUUGUGGCCUUAGAAUAGAGUAAGGAUUGCAUGAGAUUUGAUUCUAAUUUAAUAAACAUCACAUUUUAAAAGUUGAUCAUAUAAUUUAAUUGAGUUAUAACUCGAAUUUUACUUAACAAAGUUUUUGGGUCAAGGCUACUGCUGCGAUUUUUUAUAAGAGAAGCAGAAGCAUCUCGUUUUCUUUAUUUUCCAGGUACUAAAUGUGACCAAGGAUUUCAUUAUAUUAUUAAUCGGCAGAGAAAAAUGUAUUAUUGUAAUAAAUAACAUGGGUUCUUCAAGGAUGAUUUCAUAGAUUUGGCUAGGCAGGACAAGAAAGAGGGAAUCAGCUCUUACAUUAAUACGACAGCAGAUUAAGUAAUUCCAGCUCUUACGCCAGCGAUUUAGACAGGCAAACAAUAUUAAAAUGGCUGAAUUUGAGAAAUCGCCAUGGGGCUGAACCUUAUUCUAUUUAGAUUUUUUCUUUGAUCGGUUUAUGCAAUUGACCCAAAAGGAAAAUGACAAGAUAUGGGUAGUGAAAUUAGUUGGUGUGUAACUUCUGAUUUAACUUAUAACAAUUGAAAUUUUAUUGUUAUAUAAAAAGAAUAAAUAUGCUGCCAUUAUAUUGCAAGUUGACAAUAUGGAAGCUUAAAUAUAGUGCUUUAAAUUUAGAUUAAACUUUGGUUACUUAUUCUAUUGUUUUUCUUUUUUUAAAUAAAAAUGCAGUACAAUAGACGAUAAUUCAAUGACUAAUACUCGAUUCCAUAUUAAAUAUUAUCUCUUAA